AUGUUCCGCCUCCGGCGUUCGGCAGGCCAACUAGUAACCCAAAGUCGCCUCUUCAGUCAAACUCCAACAACACCCGCAAAAGCCCUGCCACCACGUCUCAAAAUCAACGAUGCGGAUCUAACAAUAUCCUACCUGAAAGGCACAGGACCAGGCGGACAGAAGAUCAACAAAACAAAUUCGGCCUGCCAGAUCAGUCACAAGCCCAGCGGAGUGGUGAUAAAAUGCCAAGCGACACGGUCCCGAGCGCAGAAUGAGAAGAUCGCGCGUUCAUUACUAGCGGACCGGGUGGAGGCGAAGUUGAAGGGGGAUCAGAGUCGAGUUGCUAUCAAGGCCGCGGCGGCGAAGAAGAAGAAGGCUAGUAAGAUGAAGAAGACUCGGCGGAAGUAUCGGGAGCUGGAAGGGAAGGAGGGGGAAGGGGAUAAGGAGCUUGCGGAUGGAGAAGAUAUCUUGGAGGAGGUUGAAGUGGAAGAAACAGAAGAGAAAGAGGUUGAGGUUGAGAAUGUGGUUGUGGAGGAGAAGGAAUCGGGGAAAAGUGUUUAA